CCGGUCCUCCCCUUCCCUCGCCCGCUUGAUUUCGUCUGAUGUUGACUUGAUGGCCAGGACUGAAAGGGGUUUUCUGGAGUCAUCGGGGAUCUGGGGGACACCCCCUCCCCUGUCCCCACAUCCCCCUGGUUUUGGGGGGGGAGGGGAUGGUGAAACCUGCCCUAAGGCACUGGCUGGAGCUGCGUGCCGCGUCUGUCGCCGGAGGGAUCGUCUCUGCUCCCGCAGCCCCUCACGACCCCUCACUCUUGUCGCUGGGUUGCAGUUGCCACUCCGGGCAGUGGAAGCUGCCCGGGCCCUGGGCCUCUCCUGACCGGCGCUCUGGGGCCCUCCGCGCGCCCACAGCUCCGUGUGGUGGGAGGGCAACCCGAAACGCCGCAAGCUGAUGUCGCGAUUAGAGACCUCUUGGACCCCAAGAGUUGGCUUUGAACCUCUCUAUCCCCAAGGCUCUCUGUGGAGCGCCGUCAUGAUAUUUGAUGUCCCCCCACCCACCCACCCAUUCCUCCCCCUUCCUGUGUUAAUCUGAUGAGUUUCACAGAUUGAGGCUGAAGUUGCCAAUCAUUGAAGGCCAGUUGACUUUUUGCAGACACUGGCCUUGCUCUUAGAGGUACUGUUCUUAGGGCUGGUUUCACUGUCUCUUAAAACUGAAGGGUGGAGCUGAGACAGAAGUAUGUUCUUUUCAAAUCAAACAUGCUUUUAGGUAGUCACUCUGGAGGGUGUUUGGCCACUUUGGACAGAGGGGUCCUGGGACUGGAGUUUCUAAAGAUGUUUGAUUUGAAAAGGGUGACCUUACAUGAUGUAGGUUGUUUGCUCCCCUCCCCUCCCAUGUUUUCAGUCCCUCUUUCUCCUUGGGAUUUUUGUUUGUGGGUUUGGUUUUUGCCAAUUCGGCAACUCUGCUUCUGGGGCCCAGACUGAAAAGUAACCGUGACCAACCAUUAAACUGUGGAAUAGUCUCUCCGAGUGAAGGAAGCCCAUCGUUUGAGACAAUUAAAACUGGAUUCUACAAAGCCCUGGAACCUGACUAUAGGGAUGACCUCUGAGCUGGCCAGAAUGGACACAUUAAUGACCAAACGCCUUUUCCAUCCCCAACGUUUCCACUUGGAGUUAGAUCUAGACAAGAAGAACUCGUGGAGGGAGGGUCGCCAGCUCAGGUCUGGAGCUGAGGGCCCCGGCACUCUGCUCAAGCAUGCUGUACCUUCAAACCAUGGUUUCUAUUGAAUGAUGCUGCCUGAGUUGUCAGGUGGCUUCCUUUUGAAAAGUGUUACUUGUGGUAUUGUUAAAGUUUGAUAAGCGAGGAAGUCUGAGCUUUUUUUUACAGUUUUCCAUAUCAUUCUGUACAUGAUGUGAGUUAGGUCUUCCAAAACCAGUGGGGAGCAAACGCUACACAUGUAGAUGUGUAAUAUUUUAAGAUAAUGAUCUACAUUUGUAAGUUAAGGAGGUUUACAGCAUAGUAAAAAUAAUUUUUAAAUUUAAUAAUAUGCAAUGACUUGGCUACCCUGAAAUAUUUGGCCUUUUUUCCUGUAAAUGUCUUUUCCCCCCCUGUAUUUUCUAGUCCUCAUUACAAAAGUCAGCACUAAAAAAUUAAGCAGACUUUUGUCUCUCUACAUGUUUCUGCAACCCUAAAUCUGAGUGUUUUAAGUAAAAUUCCCUAAUUCACUCAUUAUCUGAGAGUUGCACUUUGACAGCAUCUUCAUUGAACUUUUUGUAUUUUAAACAUAGCAGAAAGUGCUUCCUUAGUCUUCAUCUGGCUAACAUACCUAUGGGUCCGCGCAAGUGCACAUGGAUGUGUGUUCAUGUAUGUUAUAUCCUGGGGGCGUAAAGUUUAGAAGCACAUAUUUUAUGCUGCGUCUUCUAAUAGUUUUGCUCUGUUUCUAGUGAACCUCCUUAAACUGCACGUAUAUGUCACUGUUCCUAUGUAUGUGUGUCUCUCUAUCACAUAACCCAGCACUUAUUUCCUCAGCCAAGUGGCUAGGGGGCGAGCCUAGCCAAGAUUUUACCUCCAAUGGACGCAAGUUUCUUUGGUGAAGAUCUCUCCUGAGAGUUCGGGACUAGCAGAAAGAAGCGAGGAAAUUUCGACCGUUUGGUUCUUACGGAUAGAUAUGAUGGGCGCGGUCACCUGCAUGACCUUUCUGAGUACGAUGCUGAGUAUUCCACAUGGAACAGAGAUUACCAGCUCUCCGAAGAGGAGGCACGAAUAGAGACCCUGUGUGAUGAAGAGAGAGGAAGAAUACAAGCGGUUGAGUGAAGCACUGGCGGAGGACGGGAGCUAUAAUGCAGUGGGAUUCACGUACGGCAGUGAUUACUAUGACCCUUCCGAACCCACGGAGGAAGAGGAACCUUCCAAACAGAGAGAAAAAAAUGAGGCUGAAAAUUUGGAGGAAAACGAGGAGCCUUUCAUUGCCCCAUUAGGACUGAACGUGCCGCCUGAUGUGGAGCUGCCACCAACAGCCAAAAUGCACGCCAUCAUUGAGCGCACGGCCAACUUCGUGUGCAAACAAGGUGCACAGUUCGAGAUAAUGCUGAAAGCCAAGCAGGCCCGAAACUCUCAAUUUGACUUUCUACGCUUCGAUCACUACCUCAACCCCUACUACAAAUUCAUCCAGAAAGCGAUGAAAGAAGGACGGUAUACGGUACUGGCAGAAAACAAAAGUGAAGAGAAGAAGAAGUCGGGCGUCAGCUCUGACAAUGAAGAUGAUGACGAUGAGGAGGACGGCAGUUACCUGCACCCGUCCCUCUUCGCCUCAAAGAAGUGCAACCGCCUGGAGGAGCUCAUGAAGCCUUUGAAGGUGGUAGACCCUGAUCACCCCCUUGCAGCACUGGUCCGUAAAGCCCAGGCCGACAGCCCGGCCCCCACCCCACCCACGGCGGAUGGUGCAGCUGUGCAGCCCUCCCAGGUGGAGUACACCACUGACUCAACGGUGGCAGCCAUGUACUACAGCUACUACAUGCUGCCAGACGGCACCUACUGCCUGGCACCUCCCCCUCCAGGGGUUGACGUUGCCACUUACUACAGCACCCUGCCUGCCGGGGUGGCCGUGUCCAGCUCCACUGGAGUGACUGCCACUGCCCCACCCCCUCCAGGGACCACGCCACCUCCCCCACCAACCACGGCGGAGACGAGCAGUGGGGUGACCUCCACCACCAUCACCACAAGUGCACUUGCUCCCGUGGCCACCAUCAUCCCCCCACCCCCCGACAUCCAGCCUGUGAUUGACAAGUUGGCAGAGUACGUGGCCAGGAACGGCCUUAAGUUUGAGACCAGCGUGCGGGCCAAGAAUGAUCAACGGUUUGAGUUCCUGCAGCCUUGGCACCAGUAUAAUGCCUAUUAUGAGUUUAAGAAGCAGUUCUUCCUCCAGAAAGAAGGGGGUGAGAAUGCACAGGCUGUGUCAGCUCCAGAAGAGACUCCUGCAGAGCCUGCUCCUGAAAAGCCGAGUGACGCUGGGGAAGAUAGUGUGUCUGAAGACGCAGCCGACACAGGGGGAAGAGGUGUCUCCUCAGGGAAGAAGGAGGCGUCGUCCAGCAGAGCUGUCCCAGACGGGAAGCUUGUGAAAGCUUCAUUUGCUCCAAUAAGCUUUGCAAUCAAGGCCAAAGAAAAUGAUCUACUUCCCCUGGAAAAAAAUCGUGUUAAGCUAGAUGAUGACAGUGAUGAUGAUGAAGAAAGCAAAGAAGGCCAAGAAAGUUCUAGUAGUGCUACAAACACUAACCCGGCAGUUGCCCCACCCUGUGUAGUUGUUGAGGAGAAGCGGCCUCAACUUACCCAGGAGGAGCUAGAAGCAAAGCAAGCAAAGCAAAAGUUGGAGGAUCGACUGGCAGCUGCUGCCAGGGAAAAGCUGGCCCAAGCGUCUAAGGAAUCAAAGGAGAAACAGCUCCAAGCAGAACGUAAAAGAAAAGCCGCUUUAUUUUUACAGACCUUAAAAAAUCCUCUGCCAGAAGCAGAAGUCGGGAAAGUUGAAGAGAGUCCUUUCAGCGUAGAGGAGGCUGGUACCGUGCCCUGUCCUCUACUGGCUGGAGGCAGACCUCUGCCAACUUUAGACGUGAAGCCUCCAGAAGGGCGCUCGAGCCGAAGCAAAGACCCGCCGAGAGAAGAAGAAAGAGAGAGGAAAAAGAAAAAGCACAAAAAACGGUCUCGAACAAGAUCGCGGUCUCCCAAGUAUCAUUCGUCGUCCAAGUCCAGGUCUAGGUCUCACUCAAAAGCAAAGCAUUGUCUUCCCAGUGCCUAUCGGACAGCGCGGCGCUCAAGACCCACAGCCUCCCCAGGGACACUGAGCACGGAGCCUUGUCAGAGCAGCUCGGCAGUGGCAGCAGCAGCAGAGCGGGACAGUUAUCAGGCAGCUUCGACCACGAGCAGAUUUGCCUCCUGGAGCUCUUUUGAGGGGAAACCUGGUAAAAUGUCAAGGUCCCGGUCCCGGUCCCCUCGAAGACGAGCGCACUCCCCCGAGAGACGACGGGAGGACAGGAGCGUCCCCACCGCCUACCGGAUGAGUAACAGCCCUGGAGUCAGCAGGAAGCGGACCCGGUCCAGGAGCCCCCACGAGAAGAAGAAGAAGAGACGCUCACGGUCACGGACCAAGUCCAAGGCCGGAUCUCAGCCAGCCUCCCCGAGCAAGCAGCCUGCGCGCCGCCACUCGGCCAGCAUCUCUCCUGUGGAGAGCCGGGGCUCCAGCCAGGAGCGUUCCAGGGGAGUUUCUCAGGAAAAGGACGGUCAGAUCUCCUCAGCCAUCGUUUCUUCAGUGCAGAGCAAAAUCACUCAGGACCUCAUGGCCAAAGUAAGAGCGAUGCUAGCAGCUUCCAAAAACAUGCAGACCAGCGCCUCCUGAGACACAGGCCUCGGGCAACUGGGUGACUGGGCUCCCAAAGCCGGCAGAGCAGAGAGCCCCGACCUGCACAGACCAUCCCCCCCGGGGCUCCUGGACAGUUGGCGGGUUUUGUAAAUUACUUUUUGAUGACAUUUUCAGUUUAAGAUUUUUGACCAGCAGUCUCUUACCUGUAUAUUUGUAAAUAAUAUCAUGUUUCUGUGAAAAUGUAUUAUCAAAUAAAAUGGGAGGAAAACACCUUUUUUAGCUAGUAA